UGCGUGAGAGAGAGAGAGAGAGAAAGGCGGAAGCAGCAAGUCCUGCAGCUAUAACUGAGCGCACCACGUGACUUAUAAGAAAGUAAAGUGAUGAGGUUUACCAUAACGACUGCUCGAUUUAGCAAACCGUUCCUCAUGUUUCGGUGAUGAAAGCGUCGCAGUUUCGCCGCCUCAUGUGUACAGCUCGCGCCUCGUGUGUCCUGUAUGCUGCACCCCACGUGCCUCCACCGGCCAUGUCUCUACACACCGCUCCAGAGUGCUGCGAGUCACCUGGACUGCAUCUGUACCGGAGAAGCCUGAGCGAAGAUGAUAGUCAGAGAAGGCUAAAGAGACGAGAGAAGAACCGUGUGGCUGCACAGAGGAGCCGCAAACGUCAGACACAGAGAGCAGACGAGCUGCACGAGGAUUUGAGUGAAUGUGUCUCCUUCCAGGCUUACGAGUGCUUGGAGCAGCAAAACAGUCUGCUGAAGAAGGAGGUCCAGCUGCUCCUUGAGGAACAGAGAUGCCUGGCAGAUGCUCUCAAACUCCACGAGCCUCUGUGUCCAGUCCUAAAUAGCAGUGUUCUCCCAGGAGCGAGACCCAGUGACGGACUUCCUCCCUGAGAAUCUGUAGCAGACAGACUCGUGCGGUCAUGCGGGUAUACCUUCGUCAACACCUUCAUCAUCUUCAAGCUGGUUUCAUCUCCGAUUUCUUUCUAGCAGUGUUCACUUUCUGUCAAAUCAGGGUUUGGUCUUCAGUUUGAUUUCAUUUCCAGCCCACAGGAAAUUAUGUUAUUCUGUAUUUCUAACAUGUGAAAUGAACUUUAGAUCUCCAUUCUGUCAGACCGCUUUAACCACCAGAUGUGUGUCUGGUUCACCGCCAUGCAGUGAGGAGGAGUGAGAGUCAACACUUCUGCUUUAGAGACACGCUGAUUAACUAAAAAUACCUUCUUUAGGUUUCAGGAUUAGUUUUUUUUGUAUUAUGAAGCUGAAUUUAGAUGAUCUGUUCUUGUUCCAUGUCAGUGUUUCUUCUUAUUGUUGUGUGUCUGUGUUUGUGUCUGUAUGAUGUACAGAAAACAUGAAUGUAAUGUAAUGUAAAGAAUCAGAUGAUCAGAGAGAAGAAGCAGACAAACUGCAGAGAAAUGUGAAUAAAAUUAAUUUAAUAAAGAAA